UCACUUCCGUGUUGAGGCGAGACUUGUUGACUUCCUGCAUGCUUAAACACUACUUCCGCAUUAACAAACCAGCAUGGAUGGUUUCCAGCUUUUUAAAAAACUUGGAAUCGGAGCUAAAUUUGAUUUCAAGCGCUUUCAAAAUGAUGCUGAGCGUUUAAAAAUCAUUGCUCCAGUUCGUUCACAUGACAACAAAACAAAGUUAGCUGAGUCAACUAAAGAUGUAGAUAUAACUGCUUCUGAAUCAAGUUCAUCAAAGAAAAGAAAGUCAUCAAAGCCUAUAUAUGAAAAUGGAAAAACCAAGACGUGUAAAGAAGAAGAAAUAUCAAGUGUGGAUGACAAGAGUGAUGAAGAUAACAGAUCUACAGAUAACGAUACUGAAGUAGAAAACAAACAAACUGAGCUAUACCUUCUUGGAAAUAUUACUUCAUCAGGAGAUAUUACGCCAAAGAAAACAAAGGCAUUGAAAAAGAAGACCAAGAAGAAAAGGGUCACUAAACUUGCUGACUUAAAGCAGGAAGAGAUUAAUCAUCUGCGUAAUGUGAACAAGAUCCACACUUACGGUUCAGACAUCCCGAACCCAGUACACAGCUUCUGCCAGCUACAGACAGAAUAUGGUCUGCACCCAACUCUGAUGGAAAACAUCCGGUCAGUUGGUUAUACUGUGCCAACAUCCAUUCAGAUGCAAGCUAUUCCAGUCAUGUUACAUAGACGUGACUUGAUGGCGUGUGCUCCGACAGGUUCUGGUAAGACGGCUGCUUUCAUCCUCCCCAUCCUUCACCACCUGAAACAACCACACAGUCUCGGCUUCAGGGCUCUGGUUCUCGCGCCAACCAGGGAAUUAGCAAAGCAGACAACCAGAGAAUUCAAGCGACUGGCUGAGGGGCUAGGUUUUCGCAUUCACUUCAUUGAGAAAGUUAGCACAGCCAUUAAGAAGUUUGGCCCAAAAGCCAAAAAGAAAUUUGAUGUCCUGGUGACGACCCCAAAUAGACUGGUUUACUUACUCAAGCACAAUCCACCAAUCAUCAGUCUCAGCAGUGUUGAAUGGCUGGUAGUGGAUGAAUCAGAUAAACUGUUUGAAGAAGGAACGACCGGAUUUAGAGAUCAGUUAGCUGAAAUCUACAAAGCUUGUGAUUCAGGAAACAUCCGUCGAGCUAUGUUCAGUGCCACAUUCGCGUUUGAUGUGGAGGAAUGGUGCAAGUUGAAUCUCGAUAAUGUUAUUCAGGUGUAUGUUGGACCAAGGAAUUCUGCGACUGAGAAUGUUGAGCAAGAACUGCUGUUUGUGGGCACAGAGUCGGGCAAAUUGCUGGCAGUGAGAAACCUAAUUAAUAUCGCCAAUGUGAUGAAGGAGGCCGGGUGUCCCGUUCCAGACUACAUGCUGCAGAUGAAGCCACCUAACAAGAAGAUGAAGAAAUUGUUGUCUCGCAGUAACCGACCCCGUGACCGGAUCUCGACUGUUCCGCUUCCAGACCUCCAGAAACAAAACUGGAAAAAGAAACUCAUUAAAGAUGUAAAAAGGAAGCGAAAACUGUCACAUGGAGAAGGCAAAGCCAAAACAUCACAAAGUGCAAACAAAAAGUUUAAAACUUCAUCAAUCACCAGACAGAAUGACGGCAAGCCUGACAGGCAACAGACAGCCUUGAUAAAGAUGAAACACACAGAAACUCACAAGAACAAGGUCUCCAAGUUGUGAAAGUUCUUAUUCUUACAGACUAAAAGUAGGACAGAAAGAACUAGUAUGACAGUAAACUUGUAAAUAAAGGAAUUUUUACGAACUAUU